CGUUAAUGAACCCAGUGAGAAAGAGAUCAAGCGAUCUUGGGUUCAUCAACUUUUAAUUUCACACUUACGAUUCAAUAUUUGCCAUGAUGAUGAUUCCUCAGCAGUUGAGCUUUUCGACUGCCGUCCCGGCGAUUGUCGGAAUUUAUAUUUUUCGAUGGAUUUUGAUUUCGAUAUUGCAUACCCAACGAGCUCAGCGAAUGGGUUGUAAGCCCGCUUUUGUCCGACCGAGCAAGCUUCCAUUCGGCAUUGAUAUCCUGAAGCGUUAUAUUGAUACGACACGGCAACAGAUCCUGCAGAAUGAUGAAGUGGUCGUUUACGAAGAGCUGGGCCAGCGUCCAACGUGGAAUCAGAAUAUCCUGGGUAACUGGCACCACGUCACAAUGGACCCGAAGAAUGUGCAAGCUAUGCUUGCCACACAGUUCAAGGAUUUUGAGCUUGGCCCUUUACGGCGUAACCUUUUUGGACCGGUGAUCGGGAAAGGUAUCUUUACUUCGGAUGGAAAGGAGUGGCAACAUUCUCGCGCCCUACUUCGUCCACAAUUCGCUCGAGGCCAAAUCGCCAACUUAGAGCUGGAAGAACGUCAUGUCCAACAUCUUCUCGAUCGGCUCCCAGUUCAACACGAUUCCUGGACAGACGUUGUCGAUUUAGCCCCCUUGUUCUUCAACUUGACUCUUGACUCUGCCACCGAAUUUCUCUUUGGACAGAGUGCCAACUCGCAGGUUGGCUCCUUGAAAGCUAACCAGAGCCAGGAGCCAGGAGCAGCUGUGCCAGCUGGUCUGCCUGACGGUUUGUCUUUUGGCAAGGCGUUUGACCGAGCCAAUACAGUGGUCGUGUUACGAAGUUGGUUGACGGAUCUUUACUUUCUCUACUCGCCCGCACAGUUCCACAAAGAUUGUGCAGAAAUCCACGAAUUUGCCCGUUAUUAUGUGAACCUCGUUCUUGCCGAGGAAUUACAGUCAAGGGACAACAAAGGAUCUUCGGGGAACCCAACUGACUCUGGCUAUGUAUUCCUUCGGGAACUCGUGAAGGAGACCAAAGAUCCCGAAGAGCUUCGGACCCAGCUUCUUAAUAUUCUGCUGGCAGGAAGGGACACCACUGCAGGUCUUUUGGGAUGGACAUUCUAUCUACUGUCUCGUCACGUGGACGUGUACGAAAAGCUGCACGCCGUCGUCCUGGAAACGUUUGGAGAGUUCUCCAGUAAUACAUCGAUUACUUUCGAGUCGCUGAAAUCAUGCUCAUAUCUGCAGCAUGUUCUAUCUGAAGUGCUACGACUCCAUCCACCUGUACCCGAGAACAGUCGCCGCGCGGUGCGAAACACCACUCUCCCUCGAGGUGGUGGUGCCGAUGGCUCAUCGCCAAUAUACAUCCGCGCUGGUGAGGAGGUCACCUACAACGUGCAUAUCAUGCAACGUCGUAAGGACAUCUGGGGCGACGACGCUGAAGAAUUUCGGCCGGAAAGAUGGACCGGGCACAAACCAGGGUGGGAAUUUUUGCCAUUCAAUGGUGGACCAAGGAUUUGCUUAGGACAGCAGUUUGCUCUGACCGAGGCUGCGUACGUCAUCGUGCGCAUGCUUCAGAGAUUUGACAAGGUGGAAAAUAUGGACAAGUCGACGGUUGUCAAACAUAAAUACACGACUACUACUGCCCCAGUUCAGGUCCUCGUGCGUCUGCAUAGCACAUCGCAUUAA